UGUGGGCUGUCCUCCCGACUCCGGGAGAUUCACCGAGCAAGCGGCUUUCCUCACGGGAUGGAAAGCUGAGUGCGCUGCGACCACCGGCGCAGGCUCCCACCCUGCCGCGCAGCGCACCGAGCUGUGUUUGAGCCCGGGGGCAGGCACAAAGGAUUCCAGUUCCCUGCGGCUGCUGCAAAGCACACGUAUGGUGGUGACCAGCGUUGCUCGGUUCUCCGCACUACAAUGGUAGAUGGAGUGAUGAUUCUUCCUGUGCUGAUCAUGAUGGCCUUUCCCUCUCCAAGCUGGCAGGAUGAACCCUAUGAAUGUGUGUGUGAAGGCAUGUCCUGUGGGAAUGGAGAUCGAUGCCAAGGGCAGCAAUGUUUUGCUUCCCUGAGCAUUAAUGAUGGUGCUAAGGUUUACCAGAAAGGCUGCUUCCAAGUCUAUGAACAAGGGAAAAUGACGUGCAAAACACCACCAUCUCCUGACCAAGCUGUGGAGUGCUGCCAAGGAUACCUGUGCAACAUGAAUAUCACUGCACAGUUGCCUUCUUCUAAAGGGCAAACUUUUCAAGGUGAAGCUGCAGGUUACAGCAUGGAAACACUAAUCAUCGUUAUACUGGCUCCUGUGGUAGUGUUGAUAGUUUUUUCGGCAGUAGCUGUGCUGGUCUUCCGGAGAAUACAGAAAAACCAUAUGGAGAGGCUCAAUUCUAGGGAUGCAGAAUAUGGCACAAUUGAGGGACUCAUUGCAUCAAACGUUGGAGACAGCACAUUAGCAGAUUUGUUGGAUCAUUCCUGCACAUCUGGAAGUGGUUCUGGACUUCCUUUCUUGGUGCAAAGAACAGUGGCUCGCCAGAUCACACUCGUAGAGUGUGUAGGUAAGGGCCGUUAUGGAGAAGUUUGGAGGGGUCAGUGGCAAGGAGAAAAUGUUGCUGUGAAGAUCUUCUCUUCUAGGGAUGAAAAAUCCUGGUUCAGGGAAACUGAAUUGUACAACACUGUAUUGCUGCGGCAUGAAAAUAUUUUAGGUUUCAUUGCAUCCGAUAUGACUUCCAGAAACUCUAGUACCCAGUUGUGGCUAAUUACCCACUACCAUGAAAUGGGGUCUCUGUAUGACUACCUGCAGCUCACUACCCUGGACACUGUCAGCUGCCUGCGUAUAGUACUGUCCAUAGCUAGUGGUCUUGCACAUUUGCACAUAGAGAUAUUUGGAACCCAGGGGAAGCCUGCCAUUUCUCACCGGGACUUGAAGAGCAAAAAUAUCCUUGUUAAGAAAAAUGGACAGUGCUGCAUAGCAGAUUUAGGCCUUGCAGUUAUGCACUCCCAAAGCACGAAUCAGUUGGAUGUGGGGAACAAUCCCCGUGUGGGUACCAAACGCUACAUGGCUCCAGAAGUCUUGGAUGAAACUAUCCAGGCAGACUGCUUUGACUCAUAUAAAAGGGUUGAUAUCUGGGCUUUUGGGCUAGUUCUUUGGGAAGUAGCUAGACGCAUGGUUAGCAAUGGUAUUGUGGAAGACUACAAACCACCAUUUUAUGACUUGGUUCCAAAUGAUCCCAGUUUUGAAGACAUGAGAAAAGUGGUCUGUGUAGAUCAGCAAAGGCCGAACAUUCCCAACAGAUGGUUCUCAGACCCUACAUUAACAUCUCUUGCCAAGUUGAUGAAAGAAUGCUGGUAUCAAAAUCCAUCAGCGAGACUAACAGCCCUGCGAAUCAAAAAGACUUUGACCAAAAUUGAUAAUUCCUUAGAUAAACUGAAAGCUGACUGUUGACCUUCUUCUCGUGGUGCUCUCCUGAUAGGAAGGCGUUUGUCUGGUUCAGAAGUAGUCUGGACAGACAGUUUAUACGAUUGGUCCCCAUGUGGCUACUUAUAGAGGCAGAAGUUCUUACCAAGCCAUCUGUGUGGGAGACAUCGGAACCAUAUGGACUUUGCUCAGUGACUGCAAUGGGCAUUUCACAAAUGGUCAAGCUAUAAGGACUCACGCUGGAUGUACUGUUGCAAAGGUAGUGGCCUGAAGGAAGACAGAGAAAUCCUAAGACAAGAUCAGGGCAUUAAAUAAUGGCUUUGAACAGCUCUUUUCUUUUUUUUCUUUUUUUUUCGUUUUUUUCUUUUUUUUUUUUAUUUUUUUACUUUUAAUUCUCCUAAUCACUCCCAGGGCAAACACAUGGAAGUGGUAAAUUUUAAUCAGCAAUAUUGCCUGUGCUUCUCUUCUUUAUUGCACUAGGAAUUCUUUGCAUUCCUUACUUGCACUGUCACUGUUAAUUUUAAUGACAUGACUUGCCAAAAAUAUGAUUGGCUGUACACUACAUUGAUCGAUGCCUGAAUAAUAGGAAAUGAAUUUGGUAAACUGAAAAUGUAACUGUCAGAUUUUAGCUGCAUUUUACAUGUGUACUGAUGUUUACAAUAAUGCUGAACAUUAGGAAUUUCUCGUUUAUACAAAACUUGCAAAUUAUUUAUUACUAGUGCACUUGCCAGUUUUUUUAAACUGUAAAAUAAGUGCAUAAAGUUAAAGCUUAUUUUUA